AACAAAAAAAAAGGACUUCUUCUUCCAUUGUUUCAACGCUUUGCAAAAUUUCCAUCUCGAUUGAGUCAGAAAGAGCGAUCGAGACGAAUAGGAAGAAGCUGAAGAAAGAUGGGUCAAGGAGAAGAAGAUAAAAGCAGAGGAUUUGCUGAGGAAGCAGGUAACCAGCAUCAUCAUCAUCAAUACGGUACCUUUCAAGGUGUUUCCAACUACCCGCCGCCGCAGAAUUCUCCUCCGGUCACUGGAUUUCCUCAACCUUCGCCGCCGCCUGGAGCUUACGAUUCCUCCGCUCCUUAUUACGCCCAUGGCUAUCAAACUGUUCCAGUCUAUGGUGGUGUUGCUGAAGGAAGACCUGUGACUGUGAGACAGCGCCGCCUUCCUUGCUGUGGAAUUGGUCUCGGAUGGUUCUUGUUCAUCGUUGGAUUUUUCCUUGGAGCAAUCCCUUGGUAUAUCGGUAUGUUCAUCAUGAUAGUUGGAAGGAGGAUUGACCACAGGGAGAAACCAGGAUACAUUGCUUGCACCAUCGCCGCUAUUCUUGCGACGAUCGCUGUGAUUCUGGGUGUAUCUAAAGGAGCAGAGGAGUGGUGAUCAGUUAACUAUCUUGUGGCUAAUCUCGAAACGUUUGUAUAGGUGUCUAUAAACAUUGCGUGUUGUAUUAUUAUCUUUAUGCUCUUCUACUUAAAAAAAAGGUGUUGUAAACCUCACAAAAACACGUUUUGAGUUUCCGUUAUUUGCAACAAGGAAAAAUAUAUGAAUCCCAAUCUAAUAAACGAACAAAAAGUGAUACA